CACACACGCCAGUCCCAUCAACAGCAGCCACCGCCCUCGCCCGCCCUCUCCCUGCCACAGACAAGGCAGAACCAGACCUUCUCCUCCCUCCUCCUCUCUGUAAAUCGCACCACCACACGCGCCUCCUCUGCUGGCUCACUUCACUCUUCGUACUCCGCCCACUCCGCUCGUUCCUCCAACAACACCCCCGCGCCAGAACCCCCAGCAGCCAGCGGCCCCCACCCGUUCGCCACCAUGGUCUCCGCCCCGCUCCCCGUCGUCUCCAGCCACGACGCCACAGAGGACGAGGCAGAGUGUCCGGUCUGUCUCGAGCCCCUCAGCUUCUCCUUCCGUCUCCCCGGCGAGAAACCACACAUCGUCCCAGAGUGCGGUCAUGCGCUUCACGAGGCCUGCUUCACCGCCGUCUAUGGCCCGCCCCCAGGCCCAGGUCGCACCCCCGCCGUCGUGCGCAGGUCCAACCUCGGCGUAUGUGGCGUCUGCCGCCGUCCGAUGAAGAUAGGCGACGGCGACGGCGCAAAAUCAAACAAGCUCGCUGCUCUCACCGGCAUGGGCAACCGCUCAGAAGGCACAGUCUACCCCGGUCGCGAAACCCCCUCCUCCAUCCGCUCCCACCCAGGCCGACAUCCGUCCGCACCCCAACCCUACGACCCAAACGAAGACGACCCCAUCGACCACGCGCACUCGACCAAGUCCGGCAACGAGCGCUCCCAAUACGUCGUCGCGCCCUCCAUCCAAGUCCGCCCCGAAUUCUCUUCUAUCACGCGCACGCAGGACGCCCAACAGGCGCUCACCUGCAUCGUCGUCCUCGAGCUCCCUAGCAAACGCGGGAACAGUCAUGUUCCGGGUCCGGUCAUGCUCGACCACUAUCCCUCCCCUUCCUCUUCCUCCGGAAACAGUCCGCGGAACGGCCAUGGCAGUCAGCGCGAGGUCAGCAGUUCUCCGUUCGGUCGUGAUUCUUCACCGGGACCUUACAGACAACAUCACCAACAGCACACCUCGCACCAGUUCUCCGACGUAUCAGACAUGACCGUCCGUCACCGAAACGUGUCCUCGCCCCCGACUUCCCAAAUCGCCUCACCCAUAUCGACGUCCCAUGACCGCUACGCGUCCUCGAUGACGGGCUCGGAGCGAGAACACCACCAGGGACAGCAUAUGUACUCCCCCCGCGGCGGUGCGUCCUCGCUCGUUCAGGAAGACGAAUCGCCGUUUGGGGCGAUCACGGAGGACCUCAGGAACCGUAUCAUCGACUGGAAAGGACAUCCGCUCGCGGGCCUCGGUCCGCUGCAGAUGUUCGACCUGUUGUCCGUGAGACGGGACUCGCUCGUCCGCGAAUUCUUCGUGUAUCUCUUCAAGGAGGCGAUCAUCUGCGUCGCGGAGGAGAAGAAACGGUCGCUUGGGCGGUUUUUGUCCGGGCCUUCUGGAGGCGGCGAAUCGACUUCGCCCGGCGUCUCGGCGGGUCAGGCGGGGAAGGGCGUGUUGAGGUUGAAGGGGAGGAUAUAUAUUAGGCAUAUUAAGCAGGUGACGGAUACGUCGGUGCAGGGCGAGUUGAGUCUUACGAUCGAUAUGGAGGAUGAGAGGUUGGAUUCGUUUAUUUUGAUUUUCAAGGAGAGGCCAUCAUUAGAGACGUGGAAGCAGAAUAUCCAGUCGCUCGUCACGCUUGUCCAACGACCACCGGCACAGCAGCACCACCAGACGGAGGCACAGCUCGAUAUGGAGGAGUUUGGCGGGAGCUCGAAGGCGGCGAGGAUGUUGAGCGGGAGUACGGGGACGACGGCGAGUACGACGGAUAGUUUGCUCAAUGGGUCCUCCUCGAGAUCCACCGUUUCGUCGUCUACGUCGCAUGGCUCCAUAGGGGCCCGGAACGGGGGCAUGGCGGGUCUGCAUCAUAAACUUUCGACGUUGGAUGAGGACGAGGGGAUGCAUCAUCAUCAUCAUCAUCAUUAUGCGCAUGCGCAACAGACGCCGGCGGUGUUUCAACCGCAUAUGUCCCAAGGACCGUCUAAUUCGCUCACUCCAGUCCCACAUCCCCCCCUCGAUCUCAUCCUCGUAAUAUCCAUCCCGCCACCACACGCAUUGCCAUCCACAGCCGUCCUCAAGAUCCGCGUCAUUAAAGCUUCGCUCGAUUUCAUCAUCGCGUCAUUGAGCAUCCGCGAUCGACUCAGCCUCGUGACGUUCGAGGUCGGGAUGGGAGGCAAGGUACGGAAGACGCCGUUUUUGAGUUUGGGGAGGACGCAGAGUAGGGCGCGGUUGGCGAAGUUUGUGGAUGAGAUUGGGGUGAGGAAGGAGGAUGUGCAAGGUGGUGAGUUUGAGGAUGAGUUUUUGGUUAGGGGGAGUAAGGAGGAGAAGACGGAUGUUGUUACUGCUGUUAAUCACGGACUCGACGUGGUCCUCCAACGCAAAUCGCGGAACAGCACAGCGGGGAUGGUUCUCGUCAGCGACGCCUCCGACAGCACCCGACGCGCCCAAAUGGACCUCGUCCUCGCCCGCGCCGAAGCCGCCAACGUGCCCAUCCACUCCUUCGGCUACGGCCGCUCUCACGACCCCGCCUCGCUCUGGCUGAUGUCGAACCACACUAGCGGAACGUACACGUUCGUGAAGGACUGGUACGAUUUAAGGGAUUGUCUGGCGGGGUGUGUGGGGGGCAUGAUGAGUAUUGGGAGUAUGAGUAUGAAGUUGCAUAUGAAGAUCGUGGAUGGGAAUAGGUUUAGGAUUAGGAAGGUUAGUGGGGGGCCGAGCUCGAUCGUCGCGAGCGAUGGGAGACAUGUGGAUGUGGAUGUGGGGGAGUUGAGGUAUGGGGAGCGGAAGGAGAUGUUGGUGGAGUUGGAGCUGGAUAAUUCGGAUGUGCUCGGCUAUGGCGGUGCUGGGUCUGGGGGCCAUGGGAGAGGAAGAGGGGGAGGGGGGAGGGCAUUGGAUGCGACGGAUAGGUUUAAUCAGAGUAUGGGGCUCGACGCGCUCGCGAUUGAUGAUAUGGCGGAUCUGACGGACGGGAUGAUGGAUCGGAUGAUAGACGAAGUCCCAGUCUUCGAAGUCGACGGAUCGUUCUACGACCCGAACGCAGGGAAACAUGUCUCUCGACUCGCACACCCGGUUCUCCUCACCGUCACGCUCCUCCCCGCUGGCCAACAACAACAACAACAACAACAACGGUCGUCGCCGAUGCCUACGUCCGACCCGGUCAUCGUCCGGCGGAGAAUGGAGCUCCUAGCAUCCGACAUGAUCACCCGAGCCCUCGUUCUCGUCUCCCGGAAAAACUACCCACAAGCCCAAAAAAUAAUGAACGAAACCAAACGAAUCCUCCACACCGUCCUCACCACCAUCACCUCCACGCUCCCGCCUCCCUCCUCUCACGGGUCCACCAUCCGAAACCGCAAGGAAGUCCUGACGCUGGGCGCGGUGAGGAUCAUGCAGGCGAUUCUGCAGGAUAUGCAGAUUUUGAGCGAGGCGUUGGAGGAGAAUGUGGAGCUGUUUGGGCAUGAUCAGAGGAAUUUUGGGGCGCAGCAGGCGAUGAUACUGAGGGAUCAGAAGGCGUGGACGGGCAGGAGUGCGACGGAGAGGUGUUUUUGGACGACGGAUCAGUCGAUUGAGUUGGUGGGGAGGAGUACGGAUUGGGUGGCGAGGGAGUAGACCCGGAGUAGAUGUGGGUGGGACUGUUUUUUUGAGGAUACACACGUUCCUUUUUCUGUUUCUGUUUUUCCAGCUCUACGAGAGUCGUCGCUUAUUACCCCAUAAACAUAUCCUCGCCGCCGCCGCAUACUAGGCUCUAUCUACCCACUUGUGUCCUGCUCUACUCAUCGUCCGCUACCGAGCCAUCUCUUCUUCGCCCCCCUCGUCCUUUUGUUGCGUUUCAUUUCCAUCUCUCGCUGUGCACUCCCGUUGUAUCAUUCCACCUUCCGCCUCGUUCUCUCCUCGUUUUGGUCCUUGGGUUUCAUCUCGUCCGUGUGAUUUAUUGUUCCGUUUUUAUUCGCUUUUACUUUCUCCUCUCUUCCUAUCUCUCGUUUUUCCUAUCUCUGUGACCGUCUUGUGUCUCCCUCCCUUGUCUAUUGUCUACUAAACCGUGUCUCGCCUCGCCUCGCCUCGCCUCGUCCCUUCUCAUCCUGCCUAGCCUCGUGCCACUUGUCUGUCCUGUCCUGUCCUGUCUUGUCCGUCCUAUCCUCUCUUGUUUGUCCGUCUCCUACCUCUCCUCUUCACCACCUCUUCUACCUCAACAGGCCACCCACCUCGCUUCCUUCUCCGAUUAUCAGCUUGAUUGUGACUCGGCAUCGGCACUUUACUUACUUACUUACCCUUUUCUACGUCUCCACCUUGCCUACGUU